GGUACGCUUCGGGGAACCAACCCUUCCUAGACGCAUUUCGCGGUGGCUCCGCGCUCACUUUGCUCGAAAUCACUAUUUUUUUUUUUCCUAUUUUAUUAACGAAUUAGAUCCGUCACCCGUGCACCCGCUCAUUUUGAGCCGGCGGGGAGCGAGCUGGCUCUCCCCCCACCCCGAGGCAGAAGCGCUCCCCCUCACGCCCACCCUCGGGGGGGGGGUGCCGGGACGGCUUCCCCACACGGGCGGGCGGCCGUUAUGGCCGUGAGGGCGGCUGCUCCGCCAUGACGGCGCCGCCCUUCCGCUGGUGCGCACGCAGCCCGCCGCCUUUCCGCAGCGUCAUCCCGGAGGCGGCGUGGCUCACGGCCCGGCGGGGCGCCGCCGCCGAACGGACCCGGACACGGACUCGGCCCCGGCCGCCAUCACCCGCCCGCCCGCCCUCCCUCCGUGCCCCGCGGGCCGCCGCGCCGCUGCCGCCGCCAUGCCGCUCUUCUCAGUUAAUGUGAAAUGGGGAAAAGAGAAAUUCGAUGGUGUGGAGCUUAACACUGACGAACCUCCAAUGGUCUUCAAAGCCCAGUUAUUCGCACUGACUGGAGUUCAGCCAGCUAGACAGAAGGUGAUGGUUAAAGGAGGAACUCUGAAGGAUGAUGACUGGGGAAACUUAAAAAUAAAAAAUGGGAUGACCUUACUAAUGAUGGGUUCUGCAGAUGCACUCCCAGAGGAGCCCAUUGCUCGACCUGUCUUUGUAGAAGACAUGACGGAGGAGCAGUUGGCUUCAGCUAUGGAAUUACCAUGUGGAUUGACAAACCUUGGCAACACUUGCUACAUGAAUGCUACAGUUCAGUGUAUCCGCUCUGUGCCAGAAGUGAAAGAGGCCCUUAAAAGGUAUGGUGGUGCCUUAAGAGCUUCAGGAGAAAUGGCCUCUGCUCAGUACAUUACUGCAGCUCUUAGAGACUUGUUUGAUUCCAUGGACAAAACUUCCUCCAGUAUCCCGCCUAUCAUUCUUCUGCAGUUUUUACAUAUGGCCUUCCCACAGUUUGCAGAGAAAGGGGAUCAAGGACAGUACCUUCAACAGGAUGCCAAUGAGUGCUGGGUGCAGAUGAUGAGGGUACUACAGCAGAAGCUGGAAGGCAUAGAAGGUGAUGCAGUGAUGGAGACAGAUUCUGGAGCUGCAGCAACAACUUCUAAAAAGAAGAGCUUAAUUGACCAGUUCUUCAGCAUUGAAUUUGAAACAGCCAUGAAAUGUACGGAAGCUGAAGAAGAGGAAGUAACUAAAGGAAAGGAGAAUCAGCUUCAGCUUAGCUGCUUUAUCAAUCAAGAAGUGAAAUAUCUGUUUACAGGACUAAAAUUGCGUCUUCAAGAGGAAAUCACCAAACUCUCUCCGACUUUGCAGAGAAAUGCACUCUAUAUCAAAUCCUCUAAAAUUAGUCGUUUGCCUGCGUACCUGACUAUUCAGAUGGUUAGAUUUUUUUACAAAGAGAAAGAAUCUGUGAAUGCCAAAGUUCUUAAGGAUGUUAAGUUUCCUCUUAUGUUGGAUGUGUAUGAGCUGUGUACGCCAGAUCUUCAGGAAAAAAUGGUUUCUUACCGAUCAAAAUUCAAAGAUCUUGAGGACAAAAAAGUAAAUCAGCAGCCAAAGAAUUCUAGUAAAAGUGAUGGUGCACAGAAAGAAGUUAAAUACGAACCAUUCUCUUUUCCUGAUGAUACUGGUUCUAAUAAUUGCGGCUACUAUGACCUGCAAGCAGUGCUAACACAUCAAGGCAGAUCAAGUUCCUCGGGGCAUUACGUGUCUUGGGUUAAAAGGAAACAAGAUGAGUGGAUUAAAUUUGAUGAUGACAAAGUCAGCAUCGUUACACCUGAAGACAUUUUGAGGUUAUCUGGGGGUGGAGACUGGCAUAUAGCUUACGUUCUACUCUACGGGCCUCGCAGAAUUGAAGUAAUUGAAGAUGAAGCUGAACAGUAGUCUUCAGUUCUAGUCAUUCUGCCUAGGUGUGAAAUAAAUGUUGAUUACUGAUCACUUCUUUAACCCCAGAGCUUUAGCAAGUGGAUACGUAAAUUUGUUCAAACCUUUUCACAUGAAGAGGGAUAUUGGUUAAAAACUGAUCCAUGUACCAAUUAGUCACUGCUGGACUGGGCUGCCCCCUGUGGUGGUGACAAAACUUAAAAUAGCUUUAACGUCUUGCAGAAAAUAAUUUUUUUUAAUGAGUCUCUCUCCCCCCUCUUCCCUCCUCUCUAAUAGCAUCAAGUAUUUAUUACACACCUACUCUCACAUUUGUUACUCUUGCAUGGUUCGUACAGUUCAUCAGCUGUCCAUUCUUUGCCUUACCUGGCAGCCGUGUCGGGAAGGUGGAAGAAAAACUGUUGCCUCGUUGCGUAACUCAGUGCUGCUGCCCAUAGCCACCAACCAUGGCUACAAUCAAGUAUUUGUCCAGCCUGACCUGCUGAUUCAGUCUGUUCUGUUGCUGGCAUUUCAUGACUUCGAAAUAAAUUGUGAUCAACAGUGUGUCUCCAUUAAAAACAAGUUCAUGUCUGGA